GGUGGGGUCCUAUAAUUGGGCCUUUGCCCCCUCAACAUUGUGUGGUGUGACCAGCACUGGAGAGUAGGGUCCAGUUCAGGCCCUCUUUAACCCGUUUUCGUUUCGUAGCCUUAUCUUUUCUUGUGGUAGGCCCCGUUUUCUGUUCAUGUGUUUGGUAAUGGUUCAAACCGGUUUAGAUUUCAAUAGUUUUCAUAGAUUACAUGAAUGAUAUUGAAAGUGAAACUAGUUUUCGUUUGGUACUGUUCUAGCUCUACUCUUCUUCUAUCAGAAUACUUGUUUCAUUUUUUUCAAAAAAGUAAUAGGUACUAUGUAUUUAUGUUAUUGUCCUGUUUAAGCAAUUCAUAUAUACAAAUGAUUAACCGGUUUAAUGAAAAGGACGAUAGGAUUUUGGAAUCCAGGAAAGGAUUAUUCCAAAGACAAUAAGCUUCUUAUUUUUUUGGUGGAGCAGCCUUGUGACCUACAUGAAUGGGGUCCAACCCCAAGUAUGGGCGUUUAGCUUUUUCUAUAAAGAAAUCUUUUUUGUCCUACCCAAUCAAAUUUCAACGGUUAUAAAAAGGUAAAUCUGCGGCUUAAAAUAAAAAUUGUCGAUGAGAAAUUUAAGCAUAAGCAAAUGAAAUUAUUGUGGGAUGUUCUGUCUGUUCGGAUUCGUUAUUCUAUGUUGUUUAUAAAUUAACCAAAGUUAAUUUAGUUAAAACUUAAAUGUAAUGGCUUUGAUGUAAAACCUCUAUGCUAAAAUUUACUUAUAGAUUUGCUGAAGAGUAAAAGAAACUUUUAUUUAGUUAGGAAAUAAAGUUACUGGACCCCCAAUAGACAGAUGGUCCCAUAAAAACUGAUAGAAGAUGGAAACAAUUGAACGGGAUCGAUCCACGUGGUGGUAUCCCAAUGGCUCUGGAGGGCUCAAUCCAAUAAAUCAGAACCGUUGAUUUUUUCCCGGAUCAAAAAAAUGAGUCAGCAUUCUCGCCGUGUUUCUUGCUAUAUAUAGACGACUCACAUUUACUAUCUCCUUCGACGUGUAACGCCGUUAAAACGAUUCUCCCCCAGAGUAUCCGCUUCUUUUAUAAUCAUUCGUCGUUAUCUCCACCGUCUGUUUUUCCUUCCGCUAUAUUUUCAAUGGCGACGAUUAAACACCACGAAGAUGAACGCCUAAGAGCCGUUGAUUUGACUUCUAAACCCUUCGAAGUCAACAACGCAGUGAGCCUCGAACCCAAGACGGAGCCGUCGUUAGAGUCUUCGUUGCAGGUUCCGUCUACUUCAAUGUCUUUAGCUCCACCGUCGAGACCGCCAUUGAAGAGAGCUUCGACUAAAGACCGUCACACCAAGGUCGAAGGUAGAGGGAGGAGGAUACGGAUGCCCGCCACGUGUGCGGCUAGGAUUUUUCAGCUGACUAGAGAGCUUGGUCACAAGUCCGACGGCGAGACGAUUCGGUGGCUGCUGGAGAACGCCGAGCCGGCUAUUAUCGCCGCCACGGGAACGGGAACGGUUCCGGCCAUCGCUAUGUCUGUUAACGGAACGUUGAAGAUCCCAACGACGACGAACGCUGAUUCUGACGUGGGAGAUAACUCGGCGAAGAAGAGACGUAAGCGACCUUCUAACAGUGAGUAUAUAGACAUAAACGAAGCGGUUACGGUUUCGGUUUCUUCCGGUUUAGCUCCAAUUUCCGGUUUAUCUCCAAUUUCAUCCGGUUUAGCUCCGGUUUCAACCGUGUCUCAACAAACGCUGCCGCAAGGGAUGAUUCCGAUGUGGGCGAUUCCAUCGAACGCGGUGAUUCCAACGGUUGGAGCUUUCUUCCUUGUCCCGCACGUUUCUGGUCCGACGAACCAGCCUCAGAUGUUAGCUUUUCCGGCUGCUCCGCCGUCGUCUUACGUCGCCGCCGUUCAGCAAGCUUCUUUAAUGGCUAGGCCACCUUUUGUAUCAGUUUCGACGCCGUCAGUUAUGGCUCCGAGCUCAAGCUCCGGCGUAACGAACAGAGGUUCUUCGUCGUCGACGACCAACAUGCUGAGAGACUUCUCGCUGGAGAUUUACGAGAAACAGGAGCUUCACCAGUUCAUGUCCACCACCACAGCACGGUCAUCAUCGAACCACUGAGGGAGAUUAAACGACGGCGUAUUAUUGAUCCCCGGGGGCACGUGAGGGAAGGAAGUAAAGACGCGCACGUGUUAAGUGGGCCUAGUUUUUAGGCAUCGAUGGGGUCCACGUCGGUGGUGGGUCAACACGCACCAAAAUCAAAAAGCAGAGAAGGGAGUGGGGCCACACAGCUCCCACCUUACGCAUUACUUCCGAGGCGGCCAGGUUGGGUGUGGUCCCGGUUCGGGAGGGCUACGUGGUCCGUUUCGGUGGGCCUCCUCUCCUCACCACUUUGUCUCGACUUUUUGGACUUUGUUUUAUCGCUUUGUAAAUACAAAUAUUGCCGCAACAAGAUUUUAUUGAAGCCGAAGCCCUGUAAUAAUAUCAUGUCAUGGACCACCCAACAACAAUUGUGAUAGUAGUAUUUUUUAUUUUGAAUCUGUAAUAAAAAAAAAUAUUUUAUCGAAUUA